GCCCUGUCUGGACAUUAAGAUUCUAGAUAAAGGUCAAGUCAAGGAUGGAACUAGCGGAACUUUGCCCUUUAGCACCAACACAAAGAUGCGAGAGACACGGGUUUAAACCUGUUGACAUGUACUGUCAAAGUCAUGAUAACGUUGGGUGUACUUCAUGUAUGGCAGUAGAUCACAGGUCUUGUAACGAUGUUUUCUACGUGCCUGAGUACGUCUUAGAUCAUGACCCUACAACUCAAUGUGAAGACGUUCAACGCAAAAUGCUAGCUGUUACCGAUGACAUUGAAUUUCAGCUAAACAUUCGACAACGGGAAAUAAAACGUCUGUUUCAGCGGAAAAAGAAGAAGUUGAAAACAUAAAACAGUUCCGGAUUGACAUCAACCAGAAACUUGACAAUCUUGAAAAGAAAUGCAUUGAUAACAUAGAAGAUAAAUACAAAGUAUUAAUCAAGAAGUUUGAAGAGCAAAUUACCAUAUUGACAACUUUCCAAACAGAUGUUCAGACUUCAGCAGCAGAUAUUAUAUCCGCCUCAUCAAAUGUGUCGCAAAAAUUUGUGGGGAUGAAAGUAGCUUACUCGGUUACAGAAAGAGUAGAUAAUGUUUAAAAGAGAAAGCAGUGGAAUUCAAAAGAUUUGAUGUUGUCUUUGAACAACAACCGAAGUUCAUGUCAAUGAUAGACCAAAUGGACAUGUUGGGAGAAAUUGUUGAAGCCAGUUAUAUAUAGGCUAGGGGAAAAGAGGGAGAUUAGUAUGAAACAUGAUUCAGACUCGAACCCCUGUCAUGAUAUACGCAGUAUAUGUCAGCUUAAGGAUGGCUGAAUACAAUAAUAAAAGCUUAAACGUCUUGACAUGACCUCAUUUAAAAUAUUAGAUGUCUGUCAACUUCCAAGAUCCCCGUGGCAAAUUUGUGAAGUUGACAAUGAGAUAGCUGUAUCCUCCAGUUGGAUAAACAUCGACAUUGUAACUACAGAAGGUCCUCUUAAAGUAGCACGGGAAAUAAAAACUGAUCAUCGCUGUUUUGGUUUAGGGUACAAAAAUGGAAAAUUGUAUGUUACUGAUUUAAUGGAGACUAUGUUUGUCUACAACAAGACAGGGACAAUGCUGAUACAAUUUUCCAAAGAUCAGUCAGGUAACAACUUGUUUAACAAUAUCUACAGUCUUACAGUCAGUCAAGAUGGCGAGAGGAUGUAUGUUG